GCCGCCGCCCGGCGCCCGCCGCUCGCGCUGUGCUACACCUCGGCCCUGCUGGCCUUCGCCCUGUCCGCCCUGCCCCCGGGCCGCGCCUCCCACCCGCUGCCCGCCGCCGACUGCCAGGGCGGCAGCGGCAAGGGGAAAGGCAUCAACUGCUCAGAAUUAAAUGUAAGGGAAUCUGAUGCACGAGUGUGUGAUGAAUCAUCAUGUAAAUAUGGAGGAAUAUGUAAAGAAGAAGGUGAUGGCUUGAAAUGCGCAUGUCAAUUUCAGUGUCACACAAAUUAUAUUCCUGUUUGUGGAUCAAAUGGAGACACUUACCAAAAUGAAUGCUUCCUCAGGAGAGCUGCUUGCAAGCAUCAGAAAGAGAUAACAGUGGUAGCAAGAGGACCUUGCUAUUCUGAUAAUGGUUCUGGAUCAGGAGAAGGAGAGUAUGAAGGAUCUGGGACAGAAGUUCAGAGAAAACACUCAAAAUGUGGAGUUUGCAAAUAUAGGGCUGAGUGUGAUGAAGAUGCAGAAAAUGUUGGGUGUGUGUGCAACAUAGACUGCAGUGGAUACAGUUUUAAUCCUGUGUGUGCUUCUGAUGGAAGUUCCUAUAACAAUCCAUGCUUUGUUCGAGAAGCAUCAUGCCUGAGACAGGAGCAGAUUGACAUAAGACAUCUUGGUCACUGCUCAGACACAGAUGACAUUAACUCAGUGGGAAAGAAAGAUGAUGGAAUGCAAUAUCGACCAGAGGUGAAAGAUGCCAGCGAUCAAAGAGAAGACAUAUAUAUUGGAAACCAUAUACCUUGUUCAGAAAGCUUCAAUGGUUACUGUAUACAUGGAAAAUGCGAAUUCAUUUAUUCCACUCAGAAGGCUUCUUGCCGGUGUGAAUCAGGAUAUACUGGACAGCACUGUGAAAAGACAGACUUUAGUAUUCUAUAUGUUGUUCCAAGUAGACAAAAGCUUACUCAUGUCCUUAUUGCAGCCAUAAUUGGAGCUGUACAGAUUGCCAUUAUAGUUGCAAUUGUCAUGUGCAUAACAAGAAAAUGCCCUAAAAACAAUAGAGGACGUCGGCAGAAGCAAAACUUAGGCCAUUUUACUUCAGAUACGUCAUCCAGAAUGGUUUAGUUUGAUGAUUUUUAUACCCACAUUGACCAUGUGAUGUACAUUUUUAUUAUCUCUUU